AUGGAAAGCUGUCAUUUCUUUGCUUACCAUGUAUAAAUUUGAUUGGAUUUGAUAGUUCUUCUGUCAUUUAUAUAAAUAAAUAAUUAAUGCCUAUAAUUCACAUACUUACAAGCAAGUUGCCCUUUUGCGGUGCUGCUGUUUCUUCUUCUUCUCCCCUUUUCUUCCAUUUGCAGUGGGUUCUCUGCAAAACAGGGAAUCAGACUCUCUGUUUUGCGUCUCUGGAUAGUGUUUUUAGAGGCUCUGACCCAUGAAGAUGCCAGUAAAAUUCAAUCUCAUAUGAUGCGAACUCCUGUUAUCCAUUUCUUUGCUCUCUGUAGUUGUGGGUCUGGUUCCUUGCCAUUUCAGGUGGCAUUCCUAUUGCUGCUGGCAUUAAGCUCUGCUGUGAAUAUUAAUGGACAAGGGAGUAAUGGAAUCUGUGAUGAUAAGCCGAGUUUAGAGCCAAGACCCCACAGUGUAUCCAUCUCGGAGUUUGGUGCUGUUGGAGAUGGAAAAACAUUGAAUACCCUUGCCUUCCAAAAUGCCAUUUUCUAUCUCAAGUCCUUUGCAGACAAGGGUGGUGCUCAGCUGUACGUGCCACCGGGAAGGUGGCUCACCGGAAGUUUCAAUCUUACCAGCCAUCUCACUCUAUUCUUGGAAAAGGGUGCCGUUAUUCUUGGAUCUCAGGAUCCAUCUCAUUGGGAAGUCGUUGAACCCCUGCCAUCAUAUGGUCGCGGGAUAGAACUUCCUGGAGGUAGAUAUCAAAGCUUAAUAAAUGGAUACAGGCUGCGGGAUGUUGUUAUUACAGGGGAUAAUGGAACCAUAGAUGGGCAAGGCUCAAUUUGGUGGGAUUGGUUCAAUUCUCAUUCUCUAAACUACAGCCGCCCUCAUCUCGUGGAAAUUGUAAAUUCUCAAACUGUAGUAGUUUCGAACCUGACCUUCUUGAAUGCCCCUGCAUAUAACAUCCAUCCAGUCUAUUGCAGUAAUGUACUUGUACAAAAUAUAUCAGUCACCGCUCCUCCGGAUUCCCCUCAUACCGUUGGUGUAGUCCCAGAUUCAUCUGAUAACGUAUGCAUAGAGGAGAGCAUCAUUAACAUAGGUUACGAUGCAAUUGCCCUCAAGAGUGGCUGGGAUGAGUAUGGCAUUGCCUAUGGAAGACCGACUAGAGACGUACACAUUAGAAAUGUCCUCCUCCGGUCAUCUUCUGGAUCCUGUAUUGCCUUUGGUAGUGAAAUGUCCGGCGGGAUUUCGAAUGUGCAAGUGGAUCGUGUCCAUCUAUACAACUCAUUCAGUGGCAUUGAAUUCAGAACAACAAAGGGAAGAGGUGGUUAUAUAGAAGAGAUCAUUAUAUCUCAUGUUGAAAUGGAAAACAUCGAUACGGCAUUUGCUGCCAUAGGUCAUUCCUGGUCCCAUCCGGACGACCAUUAUGAUCCUACUGCUCUCCCAAUUCUGGAGCAAAUCACCGUGCAGAAUGUCGUCGGCAAAAACAUCACUGUAGCUGGAAACUUUUCUGGAAUUCAAGAGUCUCCCUUCACUUCUAUUUGUCUAUUCAACAUAUCUCUAUCACUAAACCCUGGAUCGCUCACUUCUUGGGUGUGUUCAAAUGUUUCCGGCACAUCAGAAACUGUUUUCCCCGAACCAUGUCCGGAACUCAAGAGCUCCUCUUCAUCAACUUGCUUUUCCCUCCCAAAUUCUUAUGGCAGAGCUGCAGUCUUAUGAAAACAUUCCUUCACAGUACAGUUUUCUAUUGGGAACAUUUGAAUACUUCAUUUCUUCUAUCAUUCACUGUCACAGAAAUAGGCCAGAUUCUUUCCAAUAAGACACAUAAUUUGUUCGUUUGUCGCCCGGCUUCCCGCAUUUCAUCUCUGCGCGCAGAUCAUUUAUACAGCCUCAUAUCUUCAUUCAUGUGUAAGAAAUUUUUUUGGUAGUGAUGGUAUAAACUAAAAAUAUGAUUUGGAUUCUCUGUUUAAUUUAAUCCCAUUUUAUUUCCUUGUAAAACCUUGAUUUGUUCUACAGGUGAAAUGGUGGAUAUGAAAAGAAUUUCAACCGUAGUCAUGUGAUA